UGUAUCAAGGAUUCAGCGGAAGUGCGCAAAAAAUAAAAUAGCAGAAGAAAUAAAUAGGAAAUUCAACAAGAACUUGAGCAGCUGAAUGGCCAUGAAUUACUACGAUGAGGAGAUCACAAUCAGCGGUGCCAAUGGCAAAAUGGAGAGACUCGGAGCCAGUGGCGGAGCUGGCAGAGCAAACAGAAGUGAACAGCGUCGUUUGCAAUUGCAAAGUAGCUCGGCGGAUGAUGAUGGCCUGCUACAGGAUAUUAUCGACCACGAUGACGAAGAGGACAGCGAUGAGGAUAGCGAGCUGCAGAUACCCAGUGCAACAGCGCCACGACCACACACAAGAACAGGCAGCACUCGUGGUAUUAAGUCUACGUCCGCAGAGGAACAGGACCAGCUCAGUCUGGCCAGCUCAGAGGAAGCGGCAGCAGCCAAGUUGAUGCAUCAAAAGCUGCCGCUGCCCACGCAGCAACGACGCAGCGCUAGCCAAGCCAAGCCAACCAACAACUUCAGCUUGACGCCAGAUAAAUGGGAGCAGCUGCCACUGCAGCCAGAGCUCAAGGAACUGUUUCCCUAUAUACUGAAGUACACGCCUCAGACUAUAGAGACGCCCUAUCAUCUGCAGCCGUUCAUACCCGAGUUUGUGCCCGCUGUGGGCGAUGUGGAUGCCAUGCUGAAGGUGCAGGCGCCAAAGCUGCUGCAGCCGCAACGUCAGCAGGAGCUGGAUGAGCACUUGGAGCGCUUGGGCUUAAUGCUGCUAGAUGAGCCGUCGGGCGCUCAAAGCGAGCCCAGUCUGUUGAACAUGAAGUUGCGUUCCGUGCUGAGUGGCAGUCGUGGCAAGAAGACGCGCAAUGCCAGCAGCUCGGCCACACGGGUGCCCACCGCCAGAUCCAACAAGGAUAUUGAAAAGUGGAUUGCAGAAGUGGAGCAGGUGCAUAUGGCGCAGUCCAUGAACGAUGCCCAACCGCGCAAGGACAUCGAUGCAUUGCUAGAGCUUUGGCCACGUUCAUUUGCGGCAGAAGAUACAAUGGCCGCGUUGGACGAGGCCUAUCGUGGCUGCCUGCAGCAACAAAUCUCGUUGGGCGAUUAUGUGCGCGUGCUGUGCGAGCGAUUCGAUGUGGAGGGGCCGCUGGAGAGUCAAGCGGAUUAUAUACACAGCGUGCAAACGCUAUUCGCCCUUUACCUGGCCGCCAGUCAGGCCUGGGAGUAGUUUCACUGGCCACUGCCUACUGGGGCCACCACUAAUAACGCUAAUGGCUUCGAUUAAGUGACAGCCAGACGCUGCGCCGCGGCGUUUGUUUGCCUUUUGUGCUGCAGGAUGCGCGGGGCUAACAGUCAAUGCUUGUACAUUAA